UUAUUAGUUUUCGGUGCUCGAAGAGUGGUUUAAAGUAUUUCAAAAUAAUUCUGCUACCAAAGGAAACGACGUGAUUCAACAGUUAUAUUCCGACGAGUGUUACCAUUGCGUGUUACCUGUUCUUGGCUCUAUAUAAAGUUCGUGCACCAUUGAAACGCAACAUUUGGAAACUUGGUUUAAUCGAAGAUGAUCAUCGUACCGGUAGCCUUGAUAUUAAUCAUAGCAUUUUUGAUAUGGUAUAAUUUAAUAUCGAAGAAGUACAACUAUUGGAAGGAACGCAACAUCCCGUAUCUGCAACCAAAGUUUCCUUUUGGAAAUUUCAAAAGUGUAUUGUUCUUCCGUGAUUCCUUGGGAGAAUUCUUCCAGAACAUUUACAAUGCUUCAAAGGAGUGCGUUGUUGGUAUCUGGAUUUUCGGACAACCUCUUAUAGUAAUCAGAUCUCCUGAUAUCAUAAAAGAAAUGUUGAUUAAAGAUUUCGGGACGUUCAAAGAUCGCACGGUUUUUAGUAAUAAGGAUGCGGAUCCCGUCUGUGCCCACAUGAUGUUUCUCACAAAAAAUCCGCAAUGGAAGAUCAUUCGUCAGAAAAUGUCUCCAUUAUUUACCACCACUAAACUGAAGGACAUGAUUAAGCUGAUGAACAAGUCAGGAGAUGAUAUGAACGAGUAUUUGGAUAAGCACAAUGGUGGAAUAUUUGACGCCAAAGAGUUGUGCAUGAAGUACACCGUCGAUGUAAUUACCUCAAUUGGCUUCGGACUUGAUGCGAUGUGCUUCAAGAAGGAAUCAGCAGAAUUCAGAACAGUAGCUGGAGGUUUGUUCGAAGCAAGUGCUGAAAACUAUAUUCGUUUCGUCAGUUAUUUCCUUGUUCCUGGAAUUGCCAAGUUCUUCGGAAUAGCCUUCUUCAAUCCUACGCGCAUUGACUUCUUGAGGAAAGCUGUCUGGGAUGUCAUAGAUCACAGGACACGUACGCAAACGAAACGCAAUGAUUUAAUUGACGCGUACAUAACAUUAAUGGGAACUAACUUCUCGGAUGGUUUUAAAUUUGAGGGCGACAAACUUGUAAGUCAAGCUGUACAAUUCUUUGCGGCUGGAUUUGAGACAACAAGCUCGACGAUUGCAUUCACACUAUACGAGCUUAGCUUCCACCAAACGAUUCAAGAUAAACUACGCAAAGAAAUACAGCAAAUCGACGAAACCGAAGUGACUUAUGAAAGCAUCCAAAAUAUGCAUUAUUUGGACCAAGUAGUUUCAGAGACUUUAAGAAAAUAUCCGGCUUUACCGUUUUUGGAUCGGCGGUGCGAAAUGGAUUACAAGAUACCUAACACCGAGAUGGUUAUCGAAAAAGGGACACCGGUCUACUUCUCUAUUUUGGGUUUGCACUAUGAUCCUUUAUAUUUCCCCAAUCCGCAAGCGUUUGACCCUGAACGAUUCACACCCGAAAAUCUUCAGUUCAUUCAACCUAAUACUUACAUACCAUUCGGACUUGGACCGAGAAAUUGCAUAGGAAAACGACUGGGAGUGAUCGGAACGAAGCUAAGUUUGAUCAAAAUACUAAGUAAAUACAGGGUGGAGACAUGUCCAGAAACGGUGAAGACAAUUAAAUUUGACCCGCUUGCUUUCACCAUCGCUCUGAAACACGGAUUGAAAGUGAAAUUUAUUUGUGUGAACUUAUGCAAAAUGAUUGUGAUUUUAAUUGCCUUGGUGCUAAUAGUAGCAAUUAUGAUAUGCUACAUAUGGAUAACAAAGAACUACAAUUAUUGGAAGGACCGAAAUAUACCAUACAUUAAACCAACGUUUCCAUUUGGAAAUUUCAAAGAUAUGGUGUUCUUCCGCUUUUCAAUUGGAGAAUACUUUCAAAGUAUAUACAAUGCUUCGAAAGAAAGCAUAGUUGGAAUCUGGGUCUUUGGUGAACCAAUGCUAAUAAUACGUUCACCUGCAAUAAUCAAGCAAAUUUUAAUUAAGGAUUUUAUAAAUUUCCGUGAUCGCACUGUUCUCGCUAACGAAGAAGCGGAUCCAAUUUGUGCGAAUAUGUUGUUCUUUAGUAAAAAUCCCCAGUGGAGAACUAUGCGUCAAAAAAUGUCACCAUUGUUAACAAUAUUGAAGCUGAAGGAUAUGAUUUUUUUGAUGAACAAGUCUGGAGACGAUAUGUUACAUUACAUGAGCAAAAAUGCCUGUAAAGUAUACGAUCUCAAAGAAAUAUGCAUGGAUUAUACUGUGGAUUUCAUGGCUUCUAUAAGUUUCGGAAUCUCUGCUUCGUGUUUCGAGAAGAAAGAAUCCGAAUUCAAAGACGCUGCAAAUUCUAUAUUUUUACCAAGUAUUGGGAAUUAUCUGCGAUUCGGAUUUAAUUUUAUGAUACCAACAAUUGCCAAGUGGUUUAAAUUACCUUUCUUUGAUCUGAAAAGUAUGGAUUUCUUUAGGAAAACCUUUUGGAAUGUGAUAAAUCAACGAAACAAAGAUUGCAUUAAUCGAAGGGAUUUGAUAAACUCGUACAUAAAAUUGAUGAAAUCUGAUAGUUUCAAUGGAUACAAGUUUGAAGGAGAUAAGGUUGUUGGUCAAGCUGUACAAUUUUUUGCUGCGGGUUUUGAAACAACAAGUAUAACAAUUGCGUACACUCUGUACGAGCUCAGUUUGCAUCAAACGAUUCAAGAUAAAUUACGUGAAGAAAUCUGUUUGAAGUAUGUACCUGGAUCUGAUGUAACAUAUGAAUUGUUAAAGGAUCUAACUUAUUUAGGACAAGUCGUCUCAGAGUCUUUACGAAAAUACCCGGCUUUAGCAUUCUUGGAUAGAAGAUGUUGUAUGAAUUAUAAAAUACCAAAUACUGAUUUUAUAUUAGAAAAAGGUACAGCAGUAUACAUUUCUGUUUUCGGAUUGCAUUACGAUCCGGAAUUUUUUCCAAAUCCGUACAAAUUUGACCCAGAUCGAUUCUCACCGGAAAACAUCAAAUCCAUUAAUCUUGAUGCCUACAUUCCAUUUGGUAAUGGGCCUAGAGGUUGUCUUGGUAAACGAUUGGGACUAAUAGGAAGUAAAUUAUGUUUGAUUAAAUUGUUGAGUGAAUACAAGGUGGAACCAUGUUUGGAGACAACGAAAAAUCUCAAAUUUGAUAUCAUGUCUUUUACAACUUCUUCAUCGGAUGGAUUCAAAUUGAAGUUCACUAAGUUAUAAA